AUGGACGGCGCCGUCGCGGAGCUCGUGAGCAAGAUCCAGGUGUACGUGUACCCGCGACGAAUCCGUGUCAAGGAGUUCUUCAAUGACUUCGAUCCUCUCAAGCACGGACGAUGCACCAUCAUCAAUUUUGCCAGGGCGGUAAACAUGUUGGGAAUGUCAGCGCUGAGUGAGGAGGAAGUCGACGACCUAGCAGAGCACUUCACGGAGCAUGGUGCGCACGUGGCUCCGCCGGCCAUCGUGAACUACAUCAAGUUCUGUGAAGCAAUCGACCAAGUCUAUCUCGUGGGUAGCCCGGAUGAGCAUCACAUGUCCUGUUCACCCAGCACCACUCAGCUUAUGUCGUUUAAGCCAAGCUCUCCGGAAGAGGAGGAGAAGUUCAUGCACGCCCUUCAUCGUUUGGCAGCCCUUUGCAAGGCGCGCGGGCUUCUCUUCAAACAGGUCUUCUUCGACAUUGACCGUGCUCCGGUGGCAUCACCAGCAAGAACUUCGCCAUUUAUGGGCGGGAAGGUGACCAGGGAGCAGUUCAUCAAGAGAUUCCCUUUCAAGAAGGAGUUUCCACUUGAGGACGUGGAGAUUCUCGCCAACAAUUACAUGACGGACAAAGGCGAUGUCCACUUCAUGGCCAUGCACAAUGACAUCUCCGAAGUGUCCUCACAUGAGCCCCCGCCCGUGCCCAGGAGUGAUCUGGUCCUUAAGCCAGAUGAGUCAGAGUGGAGCCAGGGACUCUACACCAUCGUGGACAAGUUGCGCGCAAAGGUCGUGGAGAAGAGGGUCCGCAUCAAGGAAUACUUCCAAGACUUCGACCACUUGAAGAAGGGAUUUUGCAAAGCUUCUCAGGUCAAGACCGUCUUGACCAUCUGUGACCUUGGGAAGAUUGUCACGGCGGCGGAUUACGAGGAGCUCCUUCACCGCUAUGAGCGCGAAGAUGGUAUGUUCUGCUAUGGAGAUUUCUGCGCGGAUGUCGACAGGGAGUUCGCGACGCCCAACCUGGAGAAAGACCCCCUCGCUCAGACCAGCAUGCCCGACUCCACUUCGACGAUGGUGGCAAGGCGCAACAAGGUGGUGCUCACCCAGGAGAGGCUGAAGCAAUGGGAGUGGCUCGAGAGCAAGAUCCGAUCGAAGGUGCAGAGACAUCGCAUCAACCUCCUCCCUUCUUUCAAGGACAUGGACCGCAGCAACUGCCAGCACAUCACCAAGAACCAGUUCCAUCGGGUGAUGCAGAGUAUGGGCUUCGACCUCUCCGAAGAUGACGUGAACCUACUGGGCAACGUCUACUGCGACCUCGGAGACCACAUCAUCUUCAACUACGUAGACUUCCUGAAGAGCGUGGACGUGCCCUCUGAGGACGUGGAGCUGGCGGUAGCCCAGCUGCAAGCUCCGUACAAAGGUGAUGAGAUCUCACACUAUUUCGACUCGAGGGGCAAGGUGAUCCCAGCCGACAGCGCCAUCAUGGCCUAG